GCGGAAGUUAAAUCGGCGCAAAAAUAAACAAAUUUAAACUGAAGGUCUCGAUAUAUCCUCACAAAUAGCUAUACAAACAAGGUCACAUAAUUUGCUGUCCACUUGUAUGAGCAGGAACCAUGGACAGUGAAACAACAUUGUACAUCGCCCUCGAUGAGACCUUCGACCAGCAUUUGGCAGAGAUGAAACCGUUUGUGCUCAAAUUGCCUCACAAGACAGAACGACAGAGGUGUGCACUGUGGAUAAAGAAGCUUUGUGAACCGCCAUCUUCAGGAAUUACAGGAAGAAAGAAUCGCAAUAUGUAUGCUGAACUUAUGUUACACAUGCUGAAGCGUGGUGCUCUGGAGGGGCCAUUCACUUCACGACCUGAGGAAGGUCCACUGCAGACGUUACCUGCUUACAUGUCCAUUUAUUUUGAUGACAAAUCAAAGGAUGCAACAGCAAAAGAGGAGGAUAAGAAUGUGCCAGACUGGGUUAGUGAGCUGGGAGCAUCUCAACUGUCUACCGGUGCCGAUGGUGGUGGUGGUGGUUUAGGCGGUGAUGCUGAACUUGCUGCUGCGCUCAAGAUAGCCUCGUCGUCAUCUGAUAAAGAAUAUCAUGGCAAGAUGGAAUCUCCAAGGCAAAUGAGGAGAAGCAAUUCCACUGGCAGGGUAUCGGGGAGAGGCAGAAGCCCAAGCCCACCACAUGCUAGAUCAUUUAGUGAGAGAGACCGAAUGUUUUCCAGGGAUGAAUUGGGUGAAGUUCAUGGUGCUAGAGCCAGGAGGCCGCGCACUGCUUUCAACUUGUCAUCAGAUGAUGAGGAUACCGCACCAACUUCAGGGAUUUAUAAAAGACGUCCUGCUUCAAGAUCGCCCCCAAGAGCAAAAUCAGGUGAUCCCGACUACACCAGUGGGCGCCAUCUAUCCACCAGUGCCCGUAACUUGUCCACCAGCACGUCAUCCCUGCGAUCAUUCAGAGACGAGACAAGCUUAGUUAGAAUCCACGAGAAGGAAUUGGACAUGAAGACAAAGAUGAUGGAAGCAAAGUUCCAUGAGGAGAAGUUGAAGAUACAGCAGAAACAUGACAUUGCGGUGCAGAAGAUUCUUGAUCGCAAGAAUACGGAGAUUGAAGACGUCAAGUCGCACUAUAGAACUAAAGUGAAAGACCAAGAGGAGGCGAUUGGGAAACUGGAGAGAAAAUUACAAGCUCUUUCCAAGGAACACAUGACUAUGAAGGAAAGCAAAGAUAAACAUAUAUCAGAACUGAAAGAUCUAGUUGAGGAAACCAGCAGAUCUAAACAGAAGGAGUUUGAUAGAAAGUUCAAUGAUGUUGUGACAGAAUUCGAGAGAGAGAAGUUUGAUAUGCAGAAAGUCCACACGAAGAACAUUCAGGAACUUCUUGAUGAUACUAACACUCGUCUGCAGAAGAUGGAGGAAGAAUAUUCAAGACAAGCAUCAGAAAUGAAUGUCAUCAUAAAAGAACUUGAGACUCGGGUUCAGCAGCUCACAGCAGAUGCUGAACAAACCACGCACGCCAAGUGCCAGUUGGAGGGUGAUAAGAUCGACAUGGAGAACAGAGUUGAGAGAUUGUCUGCUGACUAUGAGGACCUCCAUGCCAGGCAUUCCAUCCUUGAUAAGGAGCACAACCAAGCCGUCGAGAACUACGAACAAGAACUCCGGGCGUUGAAAAACAAAAACGACGCCAUGACAGAAUUUACGAAACAAGAAGCUGCACUAGCUGCAGCGAAGUCUGCGGAUACCAUUGCAGAUCUUGAACAUCAUGUCAAUCAGCUCAAGAAGUCCAUGGAGGAAGUGGAUACCCAGAGACAGAGACAGAUUAGGGAAAUGGAGCAAGUGCAGCAGCAGGAUAAGAUGCACUUGGAACAUCUUAAUGAGAAGAAGAUCAGGAGUCUGGAGAAAGAAAUGGACCAGUUGGAACAAGAGUCACAGAAACAGAUCAGGAAGCUAGAGAGUACCAUCAGCGAAAGAAAUGAUGAAAUCCGCCACCUCGAGGAUCAGAUUAAGAUGCAAGCGGAGAAAUCUGAACAAGCGUUGGAUGAUUUCAAGUCGCAGGUUGAGAAGAAUUCUAAUCGCAUGUACGACGAGAUGAAACACCAGAUGGAAAAGGUGGAGGCCGACCUGAACAAGUCCAAGCAGAUGAGGGAGAGGCAGACCAAGGAGUUCAAUAAACAGAUGGAUGAGACAAAAAUGAAAUAUGAAAAAGAGCUUGCUGAACAGAAGAUGAAAUAUGAGCAAGACCGUGGCCAUACGGUGCACACCCACCACAAGGAGAGAGAGAUGAUUCACCAUGAACACGAACAAGAAAUCGAAUUACUGAAGGAGAACUUCCACAAGGAUCGCCAGGAUCUCGAGGAGAGAGCAAGGCAGCAUAAGGAGAGGGAUGCGAAGAUUAUCAGUGAUUUUGAACAGCAAGUGCGCAUGUUGAGGGAGGAGGUGGCUAGUUCUAAUAACCUGAGGAAACAACAACUCGUUGAACUUGGUCUGUUACGGGAAGAGGAGAAACAGAAGAGUGAACGCGAUCACGAAUGUCAGAUCAUGAAGAUGAAGUCCCAACUUGAACAGCAACGACUUGACCUACAGAAGAUGCACAGUGCAGAGAUGGAGAGAACCUUAGAGAAGACAAAUUCCAGGCUGAAAGAUAUCGAACAAGAGUAUUCAAUGAGGAAUCUCAAGGCAGCAGACAGCAUGAGUGAGUUACAAACUACGAUCGAACAGCUGCGUAAUGAGCACAAGAGAGAGCGUGAGAAGGCAGAGCAGCAGUUUAUGGAGGCGCUCACCAAGAGUGAGGAAGAGAGACGCAAUCUUCGCAGGCAGCAGGCUUCCACGUUUACCGCUGCUCAACAACAGAUGGAAAUGACGCAGAACAGAACUCGGGAGCUCGAGUUGAAGACACAACAACUUGAAAUGGAUCAUGAAGAAAAGAUCCUGCAAGUGAAACUUCAAUACGAACAACGCAUCCGCGGCCUCAUGCCAGCAGCCAUGCAGAGAGAGCUGGAAGAUACCAUCACUUCUCUGCAAGAACAGGUCACAGCCCUUCAACAACGAGUGGUCAUUCUGCAGGAGGACUUGGAUAUGCAGUACGCACAGCCUGGUAUUGGACCUCACUAUUCGUCCCCUAUCAAAACUGCAAGUUGACUUCAUUGGGAUUGAAGUUUUGGCUCAUUUGUCCCCUAUCAAAACUACAAGUUGACUUCAUGGGAUUGAAGUUUUGGCUCAUUUGUCCCCUAUCAAAACUACAAGUUGACUUCAUUGGGAUUGAAGUUUUGGCUCAUUUGUCCCCUAUCAAAACUACAAGUUGACUUCAUUGGGAUUGAAGUUUUGGCUCAUUUGUCCCCUAUCAAAACUGCUAGUUAACUUCAUUAUUGGGAUUUAUUUGGCUCAUUUGUCCCCUAUCAAAACUACAAGUUGACUACAUUGGGAUUGAAUUUUUGGCUCAUUUGUCCCCUAUCAAAACUGCAAGUUGACUUCAUUGGGAUUGAAGUUUUGGCUCAUUUUUCCCCUAUCAAAACUACAAGUUGACUUCAUUAUUGGGAUUGAAGUUUUGGCUCAUUUGUCCCCUAUCAAAACUGCAAGUCGACUUCAUUUGGAUUGAAGUUUUGGCUCAUUUAUCCCCUAUCAAAACUGCUAGUUAACUUCAUUAUUGGGAUUGAAGUUUUGGCUCAUUUGUCCCCUAUCAAAACUGCAAGUUUACUUCAUUAUUGGGAUUGAAGUUUUGGCUCAUUUGUCCCCUAUCAAAACUGCAAGUUGACUUCAUUAUUGGGAUUGAAGUUUUGGCUCAUUUGUCCCCUAUCAGAACUGCAAGUUGACUUCACUGGGAUUGAAGUUUUGGCUCAUUUGUCAGAGAUUCUUAAGGUUCCUGCUGUUGAUAUGCUGAAAGCAGGGUACGUAGGGUCUCUUGUAGUAUCUUUCAGCACGUCAAUUUACUUCCUGACUGGCAAAAUAGUUUUUCAGCAUCAUUACCUCUCUGUGGAUUUGAAUCCGAAACAAUCCAUGACAGAUGUUGAUAAUCAUGUCUGUUUACUAGUAAGUAGCAUCACACGAGAUUUUAGUUUAGUUGUCUUUGAAUUAGAUAUUUUAGACUCUAGUUAUUUAUUAAACUGGUAUGUAGGAUUUUAGACCUUAAGGUAUCAGUUGUGGUUUCAAGGUAUUCAAUAGAAAUUUAUAUUACCUAGACUCUUUCUUUUUCAUUCUCUUCGUUAGUCAACCAGUUCUCCAUAAGACAUAUUUAUGUGUAAUCUUCGUUUUCAUUCCGUUUUUUGAAUAAGGUUCCUACCUUUUACCUGAUAACUUAUUGGAACUGUGAUACGAUUAUAAUUCGUCACCCUCAUGAAAUAAAUGCCCAAGUCCUUUCUUUCCAAAUUGAUAUUUUGGCCUAAGUCAGCUCUUUACCAUAAGAGUCACCUGUGGUAAAAGUGCUUAACUGUCUCACCUCCUGGAGUGUAGGAAGGUCACUGGAAUAACUGCCAAUGUCAAGCUGGGGACUUAGGCAGAUUUACCUUAGGCCUAAAUCAAACAAAUGUGACUGAGGCAGUUUAACAUCAACCAACAUGGCCACCAGAAACAGCACAAUCAAGAAAAGCCUCUCAAUUAAUGCAGUUAUUUCUGUGAUUGGAGACAAACUCUCAAGUGGUAAGUUAGAAAAUAUACUGCAAUAACUUUGAAGUGGAUGUAAAACCCACAAGCUGGACUCUUUGAUAUGCCUUGCCCUACAUUGUAAGUCAUGGCUUUCUUAAAUCAAAUUGCCUAUCCUAAGUCGCAUUUGAGUAUAUGUCAAACUGCCCAGGUCAUCUUGACCCGUUAUGUAAACACCAGUAAGACAUAUUAUCAAUUGCAUGUUCAUUGUCAUGUUUUUACAUGUUAUUCUCAGUUACAUGUAAAUGUACAUGUAGCUGCAAAAGUUAGGAAAUGAAUAAGUUUUUUCCAUUUUUCCAAAGUGGAAAAUGUGACUUGGGCAAUUAUUUUAUGAGGGUGACAAUAUGGUACUGGUAACCCUGGACAUCUACAUUUUAAACUCUGUUUUGGAUGAUAAAUAAAGAGAAGGCGUUUUGAGAGUGAGUAACAACACUUUGGAAAAGCACAUCACAAGCAUAUCCUGCUACACAGCCAGGAAAACAGUCCAGUGGUUUUGUCUUUUAUUAUUUAGAUAGAAUAAACAAGUGCACAUUUUAAUGCUGAAUGUGUAACAAAGAAUAUGAUCGAUGGAUUCUUCUCCUUGGGUGUAGAGUGUACAAAUUAUGUCAAACAGCUUGAUGCUCAGUCUGCUAGCUGGCUAGUAGAAAUCAUAAUUCAUAGUUUUUAACAAUAUCGUACAGUGGAACCUCCCUUAGCGGACACCUCUCUAUUAAGGAAAACCUCGCUAUUAAGGACACUAGUUUUAGUCCCAAAUAGGUUGUUUCCAUUCAAUUUUACCUCUCUGAUCAGGACACCUUUCUAUUAAGGACUGCACUUGUCAGACUCAUGGGUGUCCUCAAUAGAGAGGUUGUACUGUACUUGCCGUGAAAACAUCAGGCAGCUUGGUUUAUGUGCAGUUAUCUUCUGUUUUCUGCAAAAUUACACACGCCUGUAAUGUACCGACAGAGUUACAUUUUGUGCUUGUAAAUUUUGUGGAACUGGUUAGAUCGCAAAGACUGCAAACAAAACACCUGCAAAAUGUCCUGUAUGUGGGACUGUACUACCGUGAAACAUCCCUUGUGGAUGGUCUUUGACCUAGAUCUCACUUACUGAACCUUUUGAAAUGAUGACUUGUUAAAAAGCGCAGUAAUAGACACUUUGAUUUCAGAUAUAAACCCUAAAAAGGGUUGACCAUAAGAAGAUGAUUUUGGCUAGAACUUGUAAACCUAAAGCAAUUAAAACUCCUUCAAAAUGAAGUGAAUGCCAAUUAAAAGAGUCGAAGUCUGUCCUCUGGAAAACACAGAACUGACUCCCACCCCUGAAAUGAGCAUUCACUUUGUUUUGAAGGAGUUCUAAUUGCUUUAGGAUUUCAUGUUCUUGCCAAAAUUGCGAUACCUAUGGUCAACCCUUUAAACUGUUAAACCAUGUAAAAUAUGAAAAUGUAUGUUAUAUCAUGGCACAAUUUACUUUUUUGUUACUUACAACUUGAUUUUAUAAAUGUUAGAUCUCACUUGAAUAUUUGAUAUGCGAGGCUGGCACUCCUGAUACUUUUUUCACUAUCAAGAUAGAUUUAUUGCGAGUGCUCUAACAAUGAAUGAUUGAAAGGAUGAAA